AUGGAGAGGUACAGUAGCAGCAGUAAUAGGCUGUACUCAGGGCCUCUGUCUGCGUCUGGACAGAAGAUCCUAGCAGCUCUCCGAGCCCAGAGCCACAACCACUACUCUGACACAGCCAGGGCCCAAAGCUACAGACAGCCUUGUCUCGGGAAGAAAUUACAAGUCCUCAUGUCCAAGAUCAAGCCUUGGUCCAGACCCCAGUCCUAUUCCCAGUCUUCCUCCUCAUGGGACGCUGCAUCCCAGCACGACUACUCUCAGACCCCAGCACUGUCCCAGGACUCUGCCUCCUCUUCUACCCACAGAAUGAGGUACCCUCUGGCCCUCCACACGCCCUCAAACGAGCCUCACUGGAGAGACGCUCCUGAAGAGACAGAUCCAACCUUCUCACUCCACUUCGCCUUGGAGGACCAGGGCCCUUCCAGACCACCCUUGCCCAGAGUGGAGUACCAGAGAGAGAAGCCAACUGGGGCCUGUGGACCACCAUUCUCCAGAGCUAAUGUUAACGUAGCCCCAAAGAACCACGGGGCGCUGCAUGGAGACACAGCCCAGUCAGAGGAGGAGAUCGUGACAGGAGGAGGACCAAGGGAAAACCUCAGCGAGAGAGACCCCUUUAAGGUGAAACGGCUCUUCGGUGAUAUGACUACUGACAACCAGAGAGGGAUGAGGGGUGGAGAGAUGGAGGGAAGAGUGGAGAGGGAGAGAAAGGAUGACAUCAAUAAAGGAGGGUUGAAGAAAAAGAUGGAGAGGAAGAACAGCAGGAGUAGUACCAAACCCCACCAGCAGAGGAAGGUGUCACCCUCACUGGGGCAGAUGAGGGAUGGAGAGGGCCAGGGGGUGACAGAGACGGAUAGUCACCCAGAAGAGAGAAGGAACAUGGAUGGGCCAUUGGUGACAGCUGCACAGAGGAACAGUGGAGGAAACACAGGUAAGCACCAUGGUCUCGUAGGCGAUGCGAGCUUCGACUGGAAGCCAGUGGAGUGUGCGAAGGAGCGGGGUGACAUGGAGAACUUGGGGAAGGUUGGUGAUGGAGGCUCCAGAGAGAGGGGGUUGACUAUAGAUCCUGCACUAACCAACCCCUCUCUUGCUGGGCAUGGAAGGGCCGCAGGGCUGGGGUCCGGCCUGACCUCUAUACGUGCUAGUGGUGAGGAGGAGAGCAGCGGCCAUCACCCUCUCCUUUCUGCCCAACAACCGCCCCUGACCCCUACCUUCUCCCUCAAAAGUAAACACGGCACCCCUCUGCCCAAAAUCGCCCUUUUCAGGCGGCCGGUGAAAUGGGAACCCCCCCAGUCCUGUCAGGAAAAAGCAAGGACCUUGCAAAGGGGCCAGGAGUGGUGCAAAACCCAAACCCCCAAACAACCAGACCUGACCCCAGCCUUUAGCCUAGACCCCCGAGCCAAGACCAAGACCUUCCACAAGACUGAGGGAACCAAGAGUGUUGCUCUAACCCCUAACCCCCCACAUCGACCCCCAGCCAACCCAGUUAGGCCAAAACAGGGGGUCCCAAUGGGGGAGAGGGGGCUUGAAUCAACCAGGGACCAUUCUAGUUCAGACACUCCUCAGCAUAGAUCCUCCAAAACCCCCAAACCACCCAAGCCGAAGCGGGCCAAACCUGGGCCUAAUCAGUGUCAACUCACCCCAGAAACUGAACCAGAGGGGGGAAGCGGUGCCGGUGACCCCCGGGCCCAGUCCAACCAAUCCAAAACCUGUCUGACUACAGCCAUGAUCUCUGACCCCAGAGUAAGGGAUGCUGGGAAGUUGAGUCCUGAAGAGAGAGCCAGGGUGCUGGAGGAGGCAGGGCAGGCCAGUGCGCUGGUUCUGACCAUGGUCUACCAGGACGGAACCACUCAGAUGGACCCAGAACAGAAGCUCAGUCCGUCAGUGUGUGGGGUGCUGGUGAUGUUGAAAAGAGAUCUGGACCAGACUGGACCAGUACCAGGACCAGAGGAGGGGGUGGCACAACGAGACAGUCUGGUCUACCUCAGACUGGAACAGAAACCUGCAUGGGCCCAGAGCCACCAUGACCACAACCUAGACCUCUUCAAUAGAGAGAUGCUGCUGCAGGUAGUGUCAGGGUCUCAACUGGUGGUGUGUUACAAGGCCAAAGACCUGCUCCGUACAGCACUGCAGCACUACAGACCAGACCUACACUGGAAACAAUUCUCAUCUUGUCGCAUCCAGGACCCCCAGGUAGCAGCCUGGCUAUUGGACCCAGCUGACCCAUCUUCCUGCUUCACCAACCUGCUCACCAAACACUUCUUGAAAAUGAUUACCUACACUGGCCCGUACCCUAUCUCCCCCCUCUCUCUCUGUCAGGUGUACCAGGUCAUCUCCAGUCUGUCUCUGCUCUACCAGCUGAAUAUGGAGCUACGCUCUAAACUACAGAGCCAAGGUCUGUGGGAGCUGUACUCUAACAUGGAGCUGACUAUGAUCCCUGUGCUGGCAGCCAUGGAGAGCCACAGGAUCCAUGUGGACACGGAGUCCCUAAAGACAACAUCAGAGAUGCUGGGGACUAAGAUGAAGCAGCUAGAGCACGAGGCCCACCAGGCAGCAGGCCAGAUGUUUCUAGUGACCAGCAGCACCCAGCUCAGGACGGUUCUGUUUGAAAAGCUGCAUCUGCAGGAGCGCUGUGAAAACAAGAAGCUCCCCAAGACUCUCAACAAACAACAGCAGUCUACAUCUGAGGCUGUUUUGUUGCAGCUCCAGGACCUGCACCCCCUGCCGAAGAUCAUUCUCGAAUACAGACAGGUUCAUAAGAUCAAGUCCACCUUCGUCGACGGGGUUCUGUCUUGUAUGAUGAGUAAGAACUUCAUCUCAUCCACAUGGUACCAGACCAGUGCAGUGACUGGAAGAAUCUCUGCCAAACACCCAAACUUCCAGGCCCUCCCAAGGCAGCCGGUGCAGAUCACUAAGAAGCAAUAUGUUCAAGGAAAGGAAGCGGAGGUGGUGACGGUUCACCCACGGGCCAUGUUCAUCCCCCAGGAUGGCUACACCUUCCUGGCUGCAGAUUUCUGCCAGGUGGAACUGCGUCUGCUGGCUCACCUCUCGUCAGAUCCUGAGCUGCAGAGGAUCUUCAACAACCCACAGGCCGACAUCUUCACCAUGCUGGCCUCACAGUGGAAGGGUGUGAGUGAAGGAGAAGUGAGUUCAGAGGAUAGAGAGCAUGCCAAGCGAAUCGUCUACUCUGUGGUGUAUGGAGCAGGUAGGGAGCGUCUGUCGGGCAUCCUGGGUGUUAGUGCUGAACAGGCCAGCCACUUCCAGGACAGCUUCCUCCACACCUACAGAGAGGUCCAGACCUUCAUACACACCACCAUCCAGCAGUGCCACAAACGAGGUUACGUGGUGUCUAUUAUGGGCCGGCGAAGGACACUUCCUCACAUCCACUCUACAGACUGGGGAGUCCGCAUGCAGGCUGAGAGACAGGCCGUCAACUUUGUGGUCCAAGGGUCAGCUGCUGACCUGUGUAAGAUGGCCAUGAUCCGUAUCUUCUCUCAAGUCUCCUCCUCCAGCUCUCUCUCCGCCAGGCUGAUAGCUCAGCUCCAUGACGAGCUGCUCUACGAGGUGGAGGACUCUCAGGUGGGGGAGUUCGCAGUGUUGGUCAAGAACACUAUGGAGUCCCUGCAACACAUCGAUUGUCUGGGAGUUCAUCUCAAAGUCCCCCUGAAGGUGGCAGUCUCAAGUGGCAAGUCCUGGGGCUCCAUGUCCGAACUACACCUCCCCCAAACAUCUCUCCCCCCCUCUUCCUGAGUCCCUCUCUCCAUCUCUUACUCUAUCUCUCUCCCUCAUUGUGCUGCAUCUCCAUCGCUAUGGAAACCAGGCAGCUGCAGCUCCUCCAAGCUCCCAGUUCCCCUUCUCGCUCCCUCUCUCUCUAUCCAAUUCUCUUCCUCACACACACACACACCCCUCUCUCUCUCUCUCUCUCUCUGCCCGUAUCAGGGGGCAACGGCAGGAGCCUCCCACUGGAACGCAUCAGUUUCUUUUUUUUCAACCUCCCUCCAUUUUGUGGAAUUGUAGUCUUCCUCUCUUCACAUUUUUCUGUUCUCACCCCUCUUCUUUAGAUUUUUGGUGUCUGUCUUCCGUUGCCAAGGCAAAACCACACUUUGAGAAAUUUGUUUGGCACUGUUGCCUUUUUAAAAGUAUUUCUCAGCUAAAGUAAAUAUACCUCAUUAGCUAGAUAACAGUCAGGUUUUUUUUGAAGGUUCUAUACUGUUUGAUUGUAUUUAUUAACUGAUAUCCUGUCUGAAUUUCCUAUUAUUGCAUUAAUUGUCAAGUAAAGCUGGACUCGUCAAUAUAUUUCUACAAU